AUGGUCCUCAUCCCUGCAGGAGUGUUUACAAUGGGCACAGAUGAUCCUCAGAUAAAGCAGGAUGGGGAAGCACCCGCAAGGAGAGUCGCUAUUGAUGCCUUUUACAUGGAUGCCUAUGAAGUCAGUAAUGCUGAAUUUGAGAAGUUUGUGAACUCAACUGGCUAUUUGACAGAGGCUGAGAAGUUUGGCGACUCCUUUGUCUUUGAAGGCAUGUUGAGUGAACAAGUGAAGACUGAUAUCCAGCAGGCAGUUGCAGCCGCUCCCUGGUGGUUACCUGUUAAAGGUGCCAAUUGGAGACACCCAGAGGGGCCUGACUCUACUAUUCAGCACAGGCUGGAUCAUCCAGUGCUCCACGUCUCCUGGAAUGAUGCAGUUGCCUAUUGCACGUGGGCGGGUAAGCGGCUGCCCACAGAAGCUGAGUGGGAGUACAGCUGCCGAGGAGGCCUGCAGAACAGACUUUUCCCCUGGGGCAACAAACUGCAGCCAAAAGGCCAACAUUAUGCCAACCUCUGGCAGGGUGAGUUCCCUGUGACCAACACUGGAGAAGAUGGCUUCCAAGGAACAGCACCUGUUGAUGCCUUUCCUCCCAAUGGCUAUGGCUUAUACAACAUAGUGGGGAAUGUGUGGGAGUGGACUUCAGACUGGUGGACUACUUACCAUUCAGUUGAAGAAAUGCUCAACCCAAAAGGCCCCCCUUCUGGGAAAGACCGGGUGAAGAAAGGUGGCUCUUACAUGUGUCAUAAGUCCUAUUGCUAUAGGUAUCGCUGUGCUGCUCGAAGCCAGAACACGCCCGAUAGCUCUGCGUCGAAUCUGGGAUUCCGCUGUGCAGCCAGCCACCUGCCUACGACGGACUGACAGUCAAGAAGAAGUUUCCCAAAUCCAGGAAGUUACUUCUGACCUACACCUGGUUUCCCUCAGAACACUGAGCAAUCUUGUGCAAAGAAGUCCCACCCUGAGGUGGGAUACAUAUCUGCCUAAUGGCCAAAGGAACCGUCUUGCGAGACCAAAUCACUGACCUGUGUCAGUGCGUGUGCUUUAUUGUGUGGUGCAUCUUCAGAGAUCAUCGCCAUGUUUUACUUUUGUGAACUUCUAAGGAGGAACGGAAAACCAGAGAACCUUGAACUAGGCGCUGCAGAGUCCCUGUGUCCUACUCAGGCUCUGCAACCGGGUUAAACGCUGGGUCCAGCAUAUCACCUGCCUUUCCCGUUUAUCAAAUGAAGAGAUGGACAACAUCAUCUUGAAGCUCUUCCUAACUUGCAGAUUCUAUGCGUGAUAUCAGAUUCUAUUGUGAUUGCAUAGUGAAAUUUAUCACAGAUUAUUUUUUAGCUAUUUUUUGUCCAUGUGUGAAGCUUAGGUGAUACUAAUCAUGUAAAGUAAAAGUUCUUUUAUGUAUUAUUUUUCAGAAAAGGGUAUGGGGGGGUGAGUUCUUUAUAUUCAUAUUGCACUUUGCUUUUCCAAGGAAAUCAGUGUCUUUUACAUUGUUAUGAUGAACCCCACAUGGGCCUGUGAUGGUAUGCUAAAGUUCAGUGCUCUGAACGGAACACGAAUGACUGUGGGGUGACUCUGCUGUGCUUUAUCUUUUAACAUUAAGUGCCUUUGGCUCAAAGGGGCAGUUAUAAGCCCUAUUACCCUCUCUCCCCAAAGCCGUCUGUGAAUGUGAAAUGUAUACUAAAUGGGGAAACCUGUUUAAUAUAGGUAUAGAAGAAAGGGAAUGAAGAUCGUGAAUUAACUGUAUUCAGGGUACCCAGUAUUUUGUAAUAGAGAGGUAGGAAGUGUUGGCUAAGGAAUGUCAGAUACUUUGAAUCAUGCACUAUGUCAAAUAAACUGGUAUCUCUAAGACAGG